AUGGCUACUCCAGCUGUCAGUGAUAAUGCUUUACUUGAACCAAAAGGAUUGACCACUCAAGAUGGCAAGUAUGUCUUGGAUCAUGCGGGUAUCUCCGCCCUCCUUAGAUUUGUUAGAGACAAUUCGACCAUCGAUGAUGCCCGUGAAACAGUCAAGGAGCUCGUGGAUGCGCAGGUCGCAGCCAUAGAAGCGUUGAAUCAGAGUGCUCAGAAGGCCGUGAGCGAUUUGCGUACAUUUGAAGAGCAAUGCCAGGCGGACAAACUCGCUCUCGAUGGCCAGGACAAAAUUAUCACUGAUGCGCUUUCAGGAGAUAGUGGAGACAUUGUGAAGCUCGAGGCAGCAAUCAAGGCCAACAAAGCUGAGCUGAGCAAGGACCAAGAUGAAUACGACGAAGACGUUACUAUUGCUGCAACGGCGGUUACUUAUGCUUGGUGCUGGCCAAUUGGAACCAUUGUAGCUGCUACUAUCAUGGGUGUUUACGGUUCUAGAGCCGUCGAAAUGCAAGCAACAAUCAAUGGUCUCAAAGGACUUCUCACUGAUGAAGACGACCAAAUCAAAGCCGACAAAAUAUUGGUCGCUGAUUUGACUCUCAUAAAGGCAGAUCUAGAAACCUUGAUCAGUAAGAUCGGCCCCGCAAUUCAAGCCAUCGAGGGAAUGACGUCAGUAUGGCACAACAUCGGUCUGGAUCUCCAGGCUGUUAGAGACUGGACCCAGGACAAGUCGGCAGUUGGAUCUGCAGUGGUACAGAAAAUCAACCAGAAUAGUAUCAUCACUAAGUGGAACAACAUCUACACGAAGGCGUAUGUUACCGAACCCGAGCAAAUGACACUCAACUCGUAUGCGGACAAUCUUUCGGCCGUCAUCAAAGCCAAUUAA